AUGGCAGUAGUCUCUUCUGCCCCGAUUACGACAGCCGCCAACGCUACGGCACUCACGCCCCCUCAUAGUUCUCACGGCAACGAGUACACAUGGGAUGCAUCAAGCCAACAUGUAGAUAGCUCCAUGUUCGCUCCAAACGGAGGUACUUACUAUGCUUCGACCAACGACCUGACCGCGUACGACGCCAGCGAGAAAGGAGUUUUUGGAGGCGAACCGCUACUCCGACAGCAGACGGCACCGUCAUCCACGCACCUAUCUGAAAGUGUGCCGCUCGGUGCAGCUCGGGACGGUCAGAAAGGCCUGGACGAUAGCCCGAUGGAAAGACCCAAAAUCACGCAAACUGCUUCUGUCAACGAUGUGAGCAAAAAGGCCGCCACCAAAGAGCAACACAGCAGCGACCCCGACGACGUGAGCUCCAAGUGGAUUCAUCGAGACAAGCUGGCCAGGAUCGAGAGCGAGGAGCUUCAGGCGGCAGGUAUCAUCCUUCCCAAGUCUCGGGCACGGAGCAGGCCGCGACGGGACGCGAGCGUAGACAAAGCAAACGGUCACCGGUCGACCGGGCCGGAAACGGAUAUUCCUAUGGAAUCAAGGUCACGACGGAGCUCGGUCUUUAAUGAGCUCAAGCCCCACGAUGCAAGUCGUCCCUCUUGGGAUCUUCGCCGACCGGACGAAAUCGACGACGCAGCUUACUUUGUUCCGACUAAUGGCACCAAGGGUCUUUCGCGAAUUCCCGUUGCAAAGCAGAGCCCAGCCCCCAUCCCUCUGGAACAUAUCGAGCGGGACUCCAUGCUGGCCCGAAAGCGUGGCAACAGCAUUGGUGCCGAGGAAAGCAUUGGUCUAAAGUCUAGGUCCCGAAGCAACAGCAUCGGAAGAGCCCUUGACGGAGGCACAGGAUCGAGUACAGAACCACCGUCACAACGCAACGCAUCACGCUCCGUGUCCGAAGCAUCUCCGAAGAAGCUAGCGACCAACGGCAGUGCCAACGCGGGAGGCGGACGAAAGCCGACGACAUCCAAGACAAACUCGACCAGCCGCCCUAAGACUCGAAAUGGGAUAGGCAAAGAUACCAAUGGCAGCGCCGCCGGAGGUGCAGCACGCCCGACCACGCGCUCUGGUGAACGAGAACUGUCGGGUGCCGCUCACAAGCGUCCCGAGGGCGAGCCGCCCUGGAUGAUCAAUGCCUACCGGCCAGACCCGCGGCUUCCACCUGACCAACAGCUGCUUCCUACCGUGGCGAGGAGGCUGCAGCAGGAGAAGUGGGAGCGUGAGGGCAAGUUUGGAAACAUAUACGACAAGGAGUUCCGGCCGCUGACGGAGAAUGGUUUCCUCACACCGCCAGAGCCAUCAAACAGCGCGUCAGCAGCAGCAGAGACAUCUACAGCCACCGGAGAAGCCACCGGAGAAGUCACCGGAGAGACUACUGGAGAGGCCACUGGAGAGGCAGGCCAUUGGCCGCUCAAAAUCGAGGCGAAGAACCCGGCAUCGCCAAUAGGACGGAGCGGAUCGUAUUCCACCAUUCCCAAGAUCCAAGACCAGCCAGGCCUCAGCCCUCUUCCAAGUCCACUUGGGCCCACAACGCACAUAUCGGCAUCAGGGCCCAAGCCAGCGCAGACGGCGUCAGCAGCUGCUGCCACGCAAGACGAAGACGAUGCGAAGGGUGGUUGUGGCUGCUGUGUCGUCAUGUAA